AUGCUCGCCCGUCUAGAGGACAGAUGCUCGCUGAGCAGUCCAAUGAGCUUCAAGGGACGCAAGCUGUUUGGCGGCAGCUGUGCCGACUCGCCAGAUCCCUCAGAGGCUUCCGCUGCGUCGCGCCGGACCAAGCCGCGCUCCGCCACCAUCUCGAUGAUGCCCGGCACAAAGCGGGUGCACUCGCCACUCCUCCCCACCGGCUGGUUCGGAAAGUCGCAGGAGGACGACAGCAUCUCGAGCCGGCUCCAGGGCUCCUCGUCGUCCUGCUCGCCUGCCGGUCCCAGCCCCUCGAUCAGCGCAGCAUCGGACCUGAUGAUGCCCGACCGGUCCUCCAACAACGCUUCCCCGUCGCUGCCUGUCCAGCCGGGCGCGCAACAGCAAGGGGACAAGCUGCAGCGGAGGCGGCGGUCGUUCUUCUUCAAGAAGCGCAAGGGAGGAGCAGGCGGGGAGGACGCUGCCUCUGCCGCGGCUGCCGUCGAACUGCCGCCGCUGCCCUUUGCCAGCACCCACACCUACACCCCGCCACGACCUCAGCCCGUCGUGUCGGCAAAGAAGCUCGAGGCGAGGCGGCUGCAAGAUGAGCAGAACCUCGCGGCCCUCGAGCGCGUCUCUGACCUCGUCUGCCAGUCCGUUGCGACGGCCGUCAUCGAGCCCCUCACGCCUCCAGGCCCACGCGGCGGCAUCAGCGUCGCCGCAGUCGAGCGGCGCCUGGCGAGCUCGAGCUACGCCUCGCUGGCCUCUCCACCCUUUUCGGACUGCGGCGAGGACCGCGUUCAGUCGCCGUCGGUUGGCGGGUCUUACACACAGUCGUCCGAAGGUGGCUGGCUGUCAGAUGCCUCCGAGUUCGCCCUGUACCAGCGCACUCCUCCCGACCAGAGCGUGCUGGACCGCGUGCUGCUGCCGUCGUCGAUGAAGAGCAUCAAGCGUGAGGGGCGCAGACAUCGUCCCGCCGCCCUCGACCUGACCGCCGAGAGGCCUCCUUCCACCCGUUCCGGCUCCGACGUCGGCCUGCCCAGGUCAGCCACGUUGCGGGGCUCGAUCGAUGCCGCCGACUUCGACCUCUACCUCAAGUCGCCCACCUGGAUCCCCGAGGCUGUCCAGGGCCCGGCGCCACCGCCGCGUCCAGGCCGCUCCGGCUCGCAGCGCAUGCGCACCGCCAGCCUGAGCAUGCCCCGCUCCCGCCCACCAUCGUCGGACCAGCUCUCGCCGACUAGCCCCACCAGCCCAGGCUCGCGCAAGAGCCACCGAACGACGCUCAGCACCAUCUCGUCCAACUCGUCGACCGAGGAUCUGGGCCGCACCAUGCACUCUCCGCGAUCGAGAAUGUCGAUGGGCGACAUCGACUCUCGCCCCUCGACCCGCCACCCGACCGUCGACUCGCCAUUUGCGACGCCGACCUUUGGCUAUGAUCCACCGUGGGGCCAGUUCCCCUAG